AUGCUGGGUUUUCUAUCGAUUACUUGCGAAAAUGGCAGACAAGUGGAAACAUAUGGAGUGAAAGGCCAGGAAUUUUGCAAUAUGAAACUCGCCUUUCUAUGCAUUGUCAUAUUUAUAUCAUGUAGUGUCAGUGUGCAAGCCUACCCGCAGUUUUACACUGUUCUUGCUGAUACCGAAGAUGAUUCGCCGGUCUAUUCGGACCCAUAUCGCGGCUGGCUCUGGCAAAAAGGUGAUGACUACGGUGACGGUGACCACGCAGACGACGUACGGAAGCUUCCAGAUUUUGACUUCGAUCUAAGGGAGAUACUCAGAGGCGGCAAGCAGGCUCUGGCGCGCAAGGAAGACAGAGAUCAAAGAAUGAGGUAUUACCCCAAACAAAGGAUCAGAGAGGCUUACAAUCAAUAUUUAGCAAAAUUAAAUUCGAGAUUUGACGUCCCACACCCCUACAGACACAGAACCCCCAACAACCAGAUGCUCGACGAUGUUCGUCCUUAUCCUCCUGAAAACGAAGACAUAACUUUUAAGGACGACGACGAGGACACCACUGAAGAGGACCAAGGAAGAACACCGAAAAAGUACAUCUUCGACGAUGAAACGUUGGAGGAAAAAAUCGCCGAGGCCAAUACUAGGAGGUACUUGGAGAAGAUGGAGAAGAUGUUGAAUAAGGUUGAGGUCGGUGUGAACCAUGAGGAUGUGGGUCAUGAUGGAAUGAAUAUGGAGGAAGAGGGGAGUACGGAGAAAGAUGACUUUAGUACUGGGUCUUUGCAGGAUGUUAAGUUUGCUGAAGAUAAAACUGAUUUCGCUUAUGCACCGCCUGACCCGAGGUUUUAUGUCAAACAAGAUAGGAUAGGUCCUCAAGAACACCAGCAUUUACGUUACAACCCACUAAAAGCCGAAUGGAUUUUGGUGUCCCCACACAGAGCGUUACGGCCCUGGAGCGGCCAAAUUGAAAAAGUAGCCCCCAAUGUGGUCCCCAAAUUUGACCCAACUAACCCUUUGUGCCCAGGCGUUAAGAGAUCCUCUGGGAUCGUAACCCCGGAUUAUAAGUCCACGUACGUGUUUACAAAUGAUUUUCCGGCAUUGUUGGAGGAAGGCCCUGAGCCUGAGGAAUCGGACGACCCCUUGUUUCAAGUCAAAACCGCCAAAGGUACUUGUAGAGUUAUUUGUUAUCACCCGCAUUCCGACGUUUACAUCGAUAGUCUAUCAAACGCGCAGGUUGUUGAUAUUAUCAACGAAUGGAUAAGGCAAAUUGAUCAGUUGGGUGAAAAGUACGCCUGGGUGCAAAUUUUUGAAAACCGUGGGGCCUCGAUGGGCUGCUCGAACCCGCACCCGCACUGCCAAAUAUGGGCUUCUUCGUUUCUACCGCAAGAAGUGAAAUUGAAGGAGGAAAAUCAGCUGGAAUACUACAAGAGGCACAACAGACCUUUGCUCUUCGAUUACGCUCGGAAAGAGAUCGCGAAGAAGGAGAGAAUCGUGGUGGAAAACGACGAUUGGUUGGUGGUGGUGCCGUACUGGGCUACGUGGCCUUUCGAAACCAUGGUGCUGCCGAAAAAACUCCUGCAAAGGUUCUCGCAAACCAGCGAAACGCAGCGCAAAUCCCUAGCGGAAAUACUGAAAAAGCUGGUUGUAAAAUACGAUAACCUCUUUGACUGUCAAUUCCCGUACUCCAUGGGUUGGCAUGGGGCCCUAACGGGGGACAAAAACGACGUCGAUCAGCCCCAUUGGACCUUUCAUGGUACGUAUUUGCCCCCUUUGCUGAGGUCCGCCACUGUCAAAAAGUUCAUGGUCGGUUACGAGCUCUUGGCGCAAUCGCAAAGGGAUUUGACGGCUGAGACUGCAGCGGCGAUUAGAGCUGCGGCAACUGGCAGACAUGGAUCCGUAUCGGAAGCUGACAGUGAAGAAGAAAACGAAGAAGGAGAUUACACUGUCUAUGAAUGUCCUGGGUUAGCUCCAACUGGAGAAAUGGAAGUCAAGAACCCAAUGUUCCAAGACGACCCAACUCCAGCUCAAACCCCCCACGUGAAAACAAACAACUCCGAAGAAAAAAACUAA